AUGGAGUCGCUUCUCCAGCAGUCCCGGGCCAUGUGCCCGUUCCUCAAGCGCACUUCCCCGACCACUUUGCGCUCACUGUCGACCGCGACCCGCCCCAGCAUCAGCCCUGGCGGAGGCACUAUGUCCAAUCUCCAGGUCCUGGCUCGUCGCUGCCCCGUGAUGAGCAAGGCUCUGGCGGUGCAGAGUGCUCGCCUGGCUCACACCAAGCGGUUCACCUCUUAUACUGCCGGUGUGGCGGGCCUGAACCCCAAGCAAUUCCGGCCCACUGUCGGCAAGAGAGCGUUGCAUUCGACCGCUGGCAAUGGCGCUGAUGUGACCCCGAAUGUCUACAAGGAGUCACAGAGAGCUCACCCCGGUCUUUCCGGCGUCACCAAGCAGCAGUUCGAACCGUCCGCCGCUACCGUGCCCGGCCCUCGUCCCCAUGCCCCCAACGCCACGCCCUUCAACUACAAUGCAUUCUAUCAGGGCGAGCUUGAGAAGAAACACAAGGACAAAUCGUACCGCUACUUCAACAACAUCAAUCGCCUGGCCAAGGAGUUCCCCCGUGCCCACACCGCUUCUCCUGAAGAGAGGGUGACCGUGUGGUGCUCCAACGACUACCUCGGUAUGGGUCGUAACCCCGAGGUGCUGAAAUCUAUGCACCAGACCCUGGACAACUACGGAGCUGGUGCCGGAGGUACUCGCAACAUUUCCGGUCACAACCAGCAUGCCGUCGCUCUCGAAGGCACUUUGGCCAAACUUCACAACAAAGAGGCUGCGCUGGUCUUCAGCUCCUGCUUUGUGGCUAACGAUGCGACUCUGGCGACUCUGGGCAGUAAGAUGCCCGACUGUGUCAUCUUGUCCGACAGCCUCAAUCACGCCUCCAUGAUCCAGGGUAUCCGUCACUCUGGAGCCAAGAAGAUGGUUUUCAAGCACAACGACCUGGUCGAUCUGGAAACCAAACUUGCAUCUCUUCCUUUGAACGUCCCCAAGAUUAUCGCUUUCGAAUCCGUCUACAGUAUGUGCGGUUCCAUUGCGCCGAUCGAACAGAUCUGUGAUCUGGCCGACAAGUACGGUGCCAUCACCUUCCUCGACGAAGUUCAUGCCGUGGGUAUGUACGGACCUCACGGUGCGGGUGUGGCUGAGCACCUCGACUACGACAUCUACGCUUCUCAGGAUACGGCCAACCCUCGUGAUACCAAGGGAACCGUCAUGGACCGUAUCGACAUCAUCACCGGUACUCUCGGCAAGGCGUAUGGUUGCGUUGGUGGCUACAUUGCCGGAUCAGCGGCCAUGGUGGACACCGUCCGCUCUCUCGCCCCCGGCUUCAUCUUCACAACCUCGCUGCCCCCGGCCACCAUGGCUGGAGCGGACACCGCCAUCAAAUACCAGGCGCAGCACCAGCGCGACCGCGUCCUGCAGCAGUUGCACACCCGCGCAGUUAAGGAAUCACUCAAGGAGCUGGACAUCCCGGUGAUCCCGAACCCGUCUCACAUCAUCCCUCUCCUCGUUGGUGAUGCCGAGGUAGCCAAGCAGGCCUCGGACAAGCUGCUCGAGGAACACGGCAUCUACGUGCAGGCCAUCAACUACCCCACCGUGCCUCGCGGCGAGGAGCGUCUCCGCAUCACCCCCACCCCCGGCCACGUCAAGGAGCACCGCGACCAUCUGGUGCAGGCUCUGCAGACCGUCUGGAACGACCUGGGCAUCAAGCGCGCCAGUGACUGGGAGGCCCAGGGUGGCUUCGUCGGCGUGGGCGUCGAGGGUGCCGAGGCCGCCAACCAGCCCAUCUGGGAGGACGCGCAGCUGGGCCUGCAGCCUAGCGAGACCGUCGAAGCUGCCGUGACACGGGAGUUCCAGACUGCCGCUGCCGAGGCGCUCUCCCAGGCCGCUUCCCGCAUGCAGACCGCCACUCCGGUGCGCCCUGCCGCUGCCACCGCUGCCUCGAUCCCCGUGGGAGUGGCUGCCGCUUAA